AUGAACCAUUCUUGUAAACGAUCAUUUGUCUACGCUAUUAGAGAUUACCCAAAUGGCUGUGGAGAUCAGUCUCAUGAUCUUCCUGAGAGAUCCAUCAAGAAUCCGAGAACUGUCGAUGCUCCUGCCAACAUUCCGAGUAAUGAUCAUGCUGUUGCAGCUCCGAGACCUUAUGGAACUUCUCGUCUCAAACAAGAGCCAGUGUUUGAAAGCUCUGUUCAUGAUUUGGCUGCUGCAGCUCCAAGACCUAAGGUAACCUCUUUCAAAGAAGAGCAUGCAGCGUUUGGUAACUCUUAUCAUGAUCAUGUUGCUGCAUCUUCUAAAGCCAGAGGCACGUCUCUCACACAAGAAGCUGCGGCUAGAAACUCUGAUCAGCACGAUCCUACUACACCCCGUGAGAAAGUUCUUGAGGUCUUGCGUGCUUUUAAAGAUGUUUUCCGACAGUUGGAUCGUGAUAAGCAGGCAAGACGAGGUGGAGAUUUAUCCGUUGCUACGGAUAGAAUAGACAUCAAAACACAAGCUGUGUUAGAGAGUAUGGGGAAAUCAGUGAACACAGAGAAGAGGAUAGGAUCGGUUCCUGGAAUCAUCGUAGGCGACGUCUUUCAGUACAAAACCGAGCUUCGUGUGGUGGGUCUUCAUUUCAAGACCAUGUGUGGGAUUGACUAUAUGAAGGUGGGAGACGUCAAGCUUGCCACUAGCAUAGUUGCCUCAGAAGGUAACGGCUAUAACGAUAAGUAUGAUGCUGGUGUUAUGAUCUAUACAGGUGAAGGAGGAAACGUGAUGAGCAAGGAAGAGAAAACCGAGGAUCAGAAACUGGUUAAGGGUAAUUUGGCUUUGGCCAACAGUAUGAGAGAGAAGAGUUUAGUGAGAGUGAUACGUGGGGAAGAGAGAUGGGAUCGAAAAGGGAAAAGGUAUGUGUAUGAUGGAUUAUACUUGGUUGAUAGAUAUUGGGUAGAGAAAGAAGUUAGAGGUACCACUGUCUACAAGUUCAAGCUUUGUAGAAUUCCUGGUCAACCUCCGUUGACUUGA